AUGGAAACCUUGCACCAUUGUGAAGGUGAUUGUAACCACGGGAACCAAGAAAUCGGCGGUGGAGCAACACCCGGCGCUAGCAUUGGUGGAGGAGCGCAACCAGUUCCAGCCGGUCACGGAAUCGGUGGCGGAGCGCAACCAGCAGAAUCAUCCUAUGGCAUUGGCGGUGGGGCUGCACCUGUCCCCAACUCUGGAGGAAUUGGUCAAGGAGUACAGCCUAGCGAUUCGGGGAUCGGUGGUGGCGCAGCGCCUGGCAUGCAUCCACACAAUGGU